UUAUAGUUACUCGAGUGCCUGCGCAGUACUAAUCCUAACCUGUGGCUGCGUAGGAUGUGUUUAUCUAGAGUAGAUGAAGGAUGUAAAGCUCUUGUUGAUUAUAAUGAUAUAGGUUGGACACGAAUUAUUGAAAUGAGAACAAAGAGGAAAUAACCAUGUAGAGAGGAGCGAAGGCAUACUGUUCGUCAGCUGCCUGUGUUCCUUGAUUCUAUUGAUAAUACGGACGAAGUUAUUAUGAAAUGGAAGGCUUGGAGCAACACGUCUAACAAUCUUUUACGUACGACCCAUAUUUCCUGUCCUGACUCACUGAUGCUGGAUAAUUUUCCGAUGACCGAGUUGAAAAGAAAAAAUACCGAGAAAUGCUCAUGGCCGUACAGUUUUAUAUCUCAUUACCCUUUACAAUAUAUAGCAUCUUCCAUGCGUGUGAAGAUUCUUAAUCGAUCGUAGGUCAGCAAUUAAAUGCUGAAGAGGUCUCAUAUAAUAAAUUUUUGAUCAUAUAUUAGGCUGGCAGCGUUGGUCAGUGUUCGAUUCCGUGGUCUUGUUUCAAGGUUAAAGUAAAAACGUUAACAUUACCAUUACUUGCAAGAAAAUUAAGUUGAUCUUUGUGUAUAAAUAUUCAUAUUGCAAAACCUUUUUAAACUAUUCUUCAUUUAAGCAUAAUUGAUUUGUAGAAAAAGUUGCUUUUCUGUGAAAAGAGGGUGAAGAAAGGAGAAACAAAUGUGUGAGAUAAUUCAGUACUUGGACACUAUACCCACGGGAGAAAAAAAAACUAUUCCUAGGAUCCUCUUUCCAACAACACCAAAAGAAAAAAAAAAUCUUAUUCACUAUUCCAUUUGGACUCAUUCCAUAACAGAAUAAAACAAAACAAAAAAAGAGCAUGCCAAAUGAUCCCCACACACCAUAAAUACGCAGUCGUGGUUCUAGAGUAUCUGGCAACUCGCUCCCCCCGCGUCCGAACCGCAUGGCAGUAUUGUUGUUGUAGUUGUUGUUGUAGUCAGCUGAUCGCCACCGCGUCGUCUGCAUGUCGGUCCCACGAAGGGUUGUCAAGCUGCUCCAGCUGACGGCCAAAGGACCACCGGGCAAUAGAUACCAGCGGAAAAAGUACUCAGUUCAGUGCAUCAUGGAUAACCCUGUAUUGUUCAAGGGCAAGAAAGACAGAUUUUCUGGGAUAACUGUUUUAUCUGAAGAUGAACCAACAACAGCACAAGAGUUUGAAGCAGUUCUACAAGCAUCUUUAAGCCACUGGGCAACGGAGAAGAUCAGAGGUGUGUGGUUUAGAGUUCAUCUUCAGAAUGCUGAAUGGGUUCCAAUACUUGCAAAGCAUGGUUUUACGUAUCAUCAUGCUCAGCCACAAUUUGUCAUGAUGGUGAAGUGGUUGGCUGUAAAUGAACCAAAUAACAUACCCAGAUAUGCACAUAAUGUAAUUGGAGUUGGUGCAUUCGUUGUAAAUGAUGAGGAUGAACUGCUUGUUGUGCGGGAAAGAUUUCAUACAAGGCCACACUGGAAGCUACCAGGAGGAUAUGUUGAACCAGGUGAGGACCUAAGCACAGCCGCCAUAAGGGAGGUUAAAGAAGAGACUGGGAUAGAAGCCGACUUCAUGUCUUUGGUGUCCUUCCGCCACGUGCACGGCGCCAACUUCAACUGUUCAGAUAUCUAUUUCAUCGUCCAUAUGCGUCCAAAGAGUAAAAAUAUUACAAUGUGCGAGAGAGAAUUGGCAGCAUGUGAAUGGAUGAAGCUGGAGGAGUAUAUCAACCAUCCAUAUGUCCACGAAACAAAUAGGUUCUUUGCAGAGCGUUUCCUCGAGUGCCGAAAGAAUGGAAUUCAGAUUGAGGCCAGCAACAUCUUCAGUGGAGCUUUUAAGAGGAACCAGGUUAUUUAUAGUAUCAGUUUCCAAAAUGGUCAGACAUCAGAUGGAAAGAAUGACCAGGAAAGCACAAGCAAUUCAGAUGUGGUCAAUGGUGGUCCAAAAAUAUAAUUUGUAAGAAAUUUCAGUAUGAUUUUUAUCUAAGUAUAUGAAAGGUUAUAUUUGAGUUAUUAUAUCUGUUCAGUUCUUAUUUUAUUUAUGGUUUUAUUAUAUUUACUCUGUCUAUAUCUUUCCAUAUCCACAAGGUCUUCAGUAUUAUAUGUUGAUAUUUAUAAAAUCAUCUUUAAAUUUGAAAAUAUGAGUGCAUAGGACAUUAUGUACUUUUGUAGUGAAAGUUGAUUGGCUUUUAUCUUCCCUCAUUAUCCUUACAUUCGUUUUAAUCAUUUUUUAUUUAUUUUUUAUUUAGACUAUGCCUCAUCAUAGGUAAUGAACUGUCAAUGCAUAGUAUUAGUGAUCGGUGCUUAUUUCCUUCUGCAAUUUGACAUUGCACAGGUUGUAUAUACAGUAUUUUUUAUUUGAAAAAUAGAUUGCAUGUUUUAUUUAGUUACUGAGAAAUGACAAUGGUAUGUUGUACUGAGUGAUGGAUGGUAUAAGACUGUUAAAAAGUGAACUGACAAUAAUAUCUCUGAGAUGCAU